GGCCGGGGACGGGAAAGGGGCCGCGCGAAACGGGGCGUGCGUGGGUGAGCCCCGGAGGCUGCGGCGCGGCCCGGGGGGACGGCGGUGACACGGGCACGUCCUCCCGCCUCUGCCGCCGAGCGCGCACGCCCUGCGGCCGCCCGCAAGGGGCUGAAGCACCCCGAGGCACCGCAGCCCACGGGGCAGCUGGAGCCCCCCCACGUCCCCUCGGAAUAAGACUGCAGUUUCUGUCUUAAUUAUAAAGAAGGCUCCGGAUCAUCCUUAACAAGACGGACAUUGAAUGUUUAGCAUCACUUCUUUGGAUUGUUGAAUGUGAAUUGGAACUGCUGUACUUUAGGAACCAAAUGGGAAAUCUUUUAAAAGUUCUCACUUGCACAGAGCUUGAUCAGGGGCCAAAUUUUUUCCUUGACUUUGAAAAUGCACAGCCCACAGAAGGAGAAAGGGAAGUAUGGAAUCAGAUCAGUGCAGUUUUACAGGACUCAGAAAGUAUGCUUGCAGACCUUCAGGCUUACAAAGGAGCUGGACAAGAGAUUAGAGAUGCAAUACAAAACCCCAAUGAUAUCCAACUGCAAGAAAAAGCAUGGAAUUCAGUAUGUCCUCUGGUUGUAAGGCUGAAGCGCUUUUACGAGUUUUCACUCAGAUUAGAGAAAGCCCUGCAGAGCUUAUUGGAGUCCUUGACGUGCCCACCUUAUACUCCAACUCAACACCUGGAACGGGAACAAGCUCUAGCUAAAGAAUUUGCAGAAAUCUUGCAUUUUACUCUUCGUUUUGAUGAACUUAAGAUGAGAAACCCAGCAAUUCAGAACGACUUCAGUUAUUAUAGGAGGACAAUAAGUCGCAACAGAAUAAACAAUAUGCAUCUAGACAUUGAGAACGAAGUAAACAAUGAAAUGGCCAAUAGGAUGUCCCUGUUUUAUGCAGAAGCCACACCAAUGCUGAAGACACUUAGUAAUGCAACUACGUAUUUUGUAUCAGAAAAUAAAACCUUGCCAAUUGAGAAUACAACGGACUGUCUAAGUACUAUGGCUAGCAUAUGUAAAGUCAUGUUGGAAACACCAGAGUACAGGAGUAGAUUCACCAGUGAAGAGACUCUUAUGUUCUGCAUGCGAGUAAUGGUGGGAGUUAUUAUUCUGUAUGAUCAUGUUCACCCUGUGGGAGCUUUCUCAAAGACAUCAAAGAUUGAUCUAGUACGAUUUAUAUAUCAUUGUUCAAUAGUGGCAUCCUUCUGUUCCCAGAUGAAGGGUUGCAUAAAAGUUUUAAAGGAACAACCACCUGACACUGUGGAAGGACUUCUGAAUGCUCUCAGGUUCACUACAAAACACCUGAAUGAUGAAUCUACUUCAAAACAAAUCCGAGCUAUGCUGCAGUAGCAUCCUGAGACAAGUAGAUGUUUGUUUCGGCCACAGAAGAUGUGUAUGUUUACAUAAUUUAAUACUGUUUGAUGUUAAUACUUGUGUGUAUUUACAUAACCAUUUUCUUCACAUUGCUAAAAUGUAUGAACCUGUAAUCAUGACCUGACUGACUUUAUAUAGUGCAGCCUAAUUUUUUUUGCUAGCCUUUAUCUUUUGACUUUUAAAAUACUUUUUUACUUAGAUGCUUCCUCUACAACAGUCUGUGCAUUUUAAUCCUCAACCUUCUCCUCCACAGAAGUAAGUAGUAAAGACAAAACGAAAAACAAAUAAACAGAAAUGUUGAAUAGUUACCAGAGAAGUGAAAUUUAAAAGAGUAGAAAGUUAACAUAAGUGAAAAUAAAAUUCAAAUAUUGGGUGUGUGUUAAAAACAUAGGCUCAGGUUUUUAGUCACUUAGUUUUACGAUGGCUCAUCAAAUUUGUUUGAAUAGAAGGUAACCUAAAUGUUCAUCACCCUCAUAAAAUGUAUUGUCUUUCCUGUAUUAAAUAGAAGGUUGAGAACCCUUUAAUUUCAAGGAUUAUGGGCUAGCUGACAUGCAAAUAUGUAUUGUGAAAGAGGUCACUUUACCUCUUUUGUUUAGUAUAACCUGUAUCUUCCACUAUUGAGACAUUACUAUCCUUUUUCAAAUUCAAUACAAAUAAACAUAAAAUGUAUUCUAAGAUCAUUGCUAGAUUUUGAGUCUGUAUAAUUUUACUAGAUUUAGAAAGGAAAGGGUGAAGUCUAAUGCCUUUGCUUACAUAUAAGAGGAUUUGUCACUGUAACUAUGUCAUGGCAAAAAUUACCUGCUAGAGACAGCUCUAACUGGUAAGUAGUUUUUUUACUGAUAUGAAAUGGUUCAAAGCAGAACACUCUUCCGUAGCAGCAAAUUUCCCUAGUAUCAAAUCGGCCUCAUCAGACUAGGGACAAUUUAAAGAAGUUUUAAGAGGUGAGCUGUUAUUAGGCACACUCAGUCAAGUUCCAUUAUACUAAUAUUCAUCAGCCGAUUCAGAGUGAACACAGAAGUAUAUUUCAGCUCACUAUUCCUUAUUGGUUUUUUAGAUGUGAUAGACACUUCAAGGAGUUGAGUUCUUUGCUGAGUUGUUUGUUCAUAGUUUCUAGUAAAUUUUUCAGUGAAUGGAAUAGAAAUAUUUUGCCAAAAGUAGCAAAGUGCUCUUGCUCUGUUAAGUGUUUCUGGAGUGAUCUGCUUGAGUGAGUUGCUGUAUAUAUUCUUGCAGAGCUCACAUUCUGAAACUGUUGAUUUUUUCAUACUUUGCUUGCAUGUAUGCAUGAAAACUCCAGUUAUUGUGCACAGAUUUGUAUUUGUUUAUGCUUGUGUAUGUAAGUCAGGGUUUGUGUGCUGUUACUGGAAUUUUCAUGCGUUCACAUGGAAUUUUCAAUUUUCACUCCCAAAUGCUUUACUCGUAGUAUUUUGAAGAUGUAUUUGGUCUGCUAAGACUCAGCUGCAGUGUGACAGAUUUUGUUAUUGAACUCAGGCCUCAAGCAGUAUUAAGAUUAUAAAGUCUUUGGCAUAGGAAUUGUUGUAGUUUGUUUCUGAGCAGACCUACCAGGUUUCAAAUCUUGUUGGAACCCACAGAAGCUAGUGUUAUGCAUAUGAUACUGUAUACCACUACAGCUGUAGAGUUCAUUUCAUAGAUCUGCAGUUGUAGCAGCAGAUCACUAUACUGUCAUCAGGAACAGAAUCAGAAAUUGACAGUACCCUCUUCUUUCUUUUGGAAGCAGUGAUCACACCAUGUUUUGAAGUAGAAAAUCCACUGUUUACAAACUCCAUUUUUAAUGAGGGGACAAUUACAAACAUAUAUUAGGGAGAAUACUCUCACUAUACCACUUUCAGAUAGGUAAAUGUAGGUGAAUUCUAGGUCAUUCUGUUGAACGUUAGUAGACAAAGUUAAUACAUGUUUACCUGCACUUAUUUAUCAAACAAGGAACUCUAGGUAGCCCAGAGGAGAGUUACUUGUCACUUGUAUAAUAAAAAUGUAAACCUUAAAGCCUUCUGCAAGUUGUCAUGUGCUGUUUGCUGAAGUCACUGAUUUUCUUUGCCUAGUAUGAUGUUUUUGUACAGAAUUUUGUUUGAAAUAAAAAAAAGUUUGGUACAGUUA